GUCGUGUGUAUUUAUUUUUUUUCCUCGCGCCCGACAAAACUAAGUGUCCAGAUAAACAGAUUGGAUAUCCAGGAGUCAACAGAAUGUGCUGAGUACACCAAUGUAACAGUUGGAUGGACUGAGUCAUGUCACAAACACAUGUAGCUCCAUUUUGCAUAUCAUGCUUUUGAAGUGUUGCCUUUGUCACUGAAGUGUUCUUCAUAUCUGAACAAUGGAUGAUAAGGUCCGUCUUCUGGAAGACGAAGGUCAAGAUGACCCAGUGUCCUCGAUCUCUCAGAAUGACGCCAGCCCCAGUUCCAAUGUUCGCAAGAACUACGGCUCUGUUGGUGAUGGCUCCUCUACACAAGAUCCCCCACAGUACAAGGGCGCAAGACCAGAGAGCAGCGCCUCAACCACUUCCGGCGGCUCGCCCCAACCAUCAGCGGCGUACCCCCUGCUGACGCCCCAGACCCCCGCACCCCAACAACACACGCCGUUACUCUUUAAAUCAGGGGGACGCGCGGAGGACUAUGGGGAUAACUCUAAUCUAACUGGAAAUCCAGGGGAAGUAACCUACACCACAUACAACAGUUUGACUGAGGAAAGUCCGAUCUCGUCUAGUCAAAGCUCGAUUUCUUCCUCUCAUGAACUCAACCGGCAGGAGUUAAAAGGAAAGCCGGUUAUUUUAUGGAAGCCGGAAGAUAAAGACACGACCGGUCUCAACUCGCACAACGAUAAAACAUCUUCCUACCCCGGGACCCGAACCCAACCCGACAAAUCGAACCCUGGAUUAAGUAUACGCCGAAGCAACAGCGAAAGCCAUUUCCCAAAAACUUCGAGUUUCUUUCAAAAGUUUAAACAGUUUCUCGCGAGCGGCUCUUUCGUAGCCGGACAUUCCCAGCACACGACAGCCGGUCAACUCGGAGCUAAGCCGGGCGCUGAAACAGACCCUCUACAGCCGUCACAGCUGUCACAGCCGUCACAGCCGUCACAGCCGUCACAGCCGGGCAUGGAGCACGCUCCGAAUGGUCUCUACAGCGGCGGGAAAAAGUCCCGGGGGGACAAGCCCCCAGGGAAAACUCCCUUCUUUGUUUACUACUUGGCGUGUUUUGCCACGAUCGGAGGCCUCUUGUUUGGAUACGACACAGGUAUCGUGUCGGGCUCCAUGCUGCUGAUCGAGAAAGAGUUUCACCUGUCCACCAUCUGGAAGGAACUGAUCGUCAGCGGCACCGUGGGGGCGGCGGCCGUGUUUGCUUUGUUUGCAGGCUUUACCUGCGACUUCCUGGGCAGAAAGAUAACUAUCAUGAUGGCGUCCGUUGUUUUCGUGGCUGGUGCCAUUAUUAUGGGAGCCUCGCAGACCAAGGAGAUGUUACUGGCGGGGAGGAUUGUUGUGGGCAUCGGGAUAGGUUUCGCCUCCAUGACGGUGCCCGUGUACGUGGCAGAGGCGGCACCCCCAGACAUCCGCGGGCGUCUAGUGACCAUCAACCAGCUCUUCAUCACCAUCGGUAUCCUCAUCUCUAGUGUCAUCGCUGGGGCCUUUAGUGAGGUGGACAAUGGCUGGAGGUACAUGCUGGGUCUGGCCGGCGUCCCGGGGGUGAUCCAGUUCAUCGGGUUCAUCUACCUGCCCGAGUCCCCCCGGUGGCUGGUCUCUAAGGGCAAGGACGAGAAAGCCAAGAAGGUUCUACAGAGGAUCCGUGGUGACCUGGACGUGGAGGAGGAGAUGAAGGAGAUCAAAGACGCCCUAGAGGAGAGCAGAAAACAAUCGGGUUUUGUGCUGGGUCGCGUGAUACGAACCCGUCACGUGAUGAAGGCGCUGUUUGUUGGCUGUGGUCUGCAGGUGUUUCAGCAGCUGUGUGGCAUCAACACGGUCAUAUACUACAGUGCCACCAUCUUGCGAAUGGCGGGGUUCUCAGCUAAGCUGGCCAUUUGGCUCGUGCUGGUACCAAACGGCAUCAACUUCCUGUCCACCAUUGUGGGCGUGGCACUGGUGGAGCGUCUGGGUCGUAAAAAACUUACCGUCAUCAGUUUCAUAGGUGUGGUCAUCGCUCUGAUAGUCCUGGCCGCAGGUUUCCAGCUGUCCGCCAACUUCUCACCUGACCUGGACGGGAACUACACGGAGGUGUCGUAUGACAGGAACAACAGUCAGCAAACAGAUCUCUGCUCGGUUAAAUUAUACACAACGUGCGAAGAAUGCAUCGAAAACAAGGACUGCGGCUUCUGCUACGGGGACAGUGACGGCCAUUUUGGCUCGUGCGUCACGGCCGAGUUUGACCACGAGGAUGAGUACUCCACCCACGGGCGGUGUGGCCGCAACGUCACGGAGAAGAACAAGAACUUCACCUGGGCCCACGGGUUCUGUCCGACAGACUACACCUGGAUGGCGGUGCUGGGGUUGGCUCUGUUUGUGAUGGCGUUUGCCCCAGGGCUAGGCCCCAUGCCGUGGACCAUCAACUCUGAGAUCUACCCCAUGUGGGCCAGAAGCACGUGCACAUCCAUCGCCACCGGCUGCAACUGGAUCUGUAAUCUCGUCGUCUCUCUCUUCUUUCUAACUCUCACGGAGACGAUAACCAAAUACGGAGCGUUCUGGCUUUUCGCUGGCAUCUGUUUCCUCGGUCUGUUGUUCACCAUCGCCUUUGUGCCAGAGACCAAGAACAAAAGCCUGGAGGAGGUGGAGCGGCUGUUUAUGGGGUCAAAGAAGGGCAAGGACAAUCCGGCGUACGAAAAGGACGUGCCGGAACCGGAGAGGAAAAUCGACACGAAGCUGUAAAAUUACGUGCUCGUGUGGAUACUACUAGAA